AUGCGGAAUCAGCGACCAGAAGAGACGAUUCGGAGCUUCGGGGAGAUCCCGGGGAAGAAGUCGUCGGAACACUGGUUACAGAACCAUCGACAACAGCGGAUGCUCGAGAAACGUCGGUCGACGGUGGAAUAUCUUCAUCACCAGCAGUAUCACCAGAAGGAAAAUCGAACGAAGGCUCGUCGUCUCGAGAACCAUCUCCACCAGCUCCAUCACCGUCGUGAGAACCAUUGCUGGAGCCACCCUCGUCGCCAUCGGAAGAAUCAGGAGAUUGAGAAGGUGGAACCGAAGGUUGUCUGGAGAUUGGUGUGCUGUCCGAACGCUUGGGAGGCGACGGUGUAUCUUCAUCAGAGGACGAACGAUAAGGUGACAUCAGCCCAGCAGGUUCACGAGUCGCCUUCGAACAGCUUGGAGCAUCCCCAUCGUCGUCAGAUCCAAAUAGUAACUGCAUCUCGAGCUCGAAAGAGGUAG